GAACAACUUUGAAUCCUGCAGAUUCUAUGCCAAAUUUUUUGGCUUAGGAAUCUGGAAGAAUUCUGAUAGGUUUUGACAACACCAUGUGUGCUCAUCUCCCCAUGAAUCAAUUGGGUCUGGUCAUCAGAGUUCUUCUCUUGUUUCACCGUGUCAAAGCCCAGGACACUUCUGAUUCUGAUCACUCUGGUCCACAUUUCCUGCAGCCCCACCUAAUGGUUGUUGUUGGGGUCCUCUCAAUUAUGUUCUGUCUAACAUUUCUCUUACUUGCUUAUGCAAAAUUCUGUCAUGUAGCCGUGCCUGAUUUCUCAGACUUUGAUAACCAUCAACAAAACCUUCAUGGGCUUGAUAGAGAAAGGCUGAGAUCCUCUGGGAUAGAUAAAAGAGUGAUGGAAUCGCUCCCCUUUUUCAGGUUUUCUUCACUCAAGGGAUCAAAAGAAGGCCUAGAGUGUGCAGUUUGCUUAUCAAAGUUUGAAGAAAUUGAAGUUCUUCGGUUGUUGCCGAAUUGCAGGCAUGCAUUCCACAUAAACUGCAUUGAUCAAUGGCUAGAAAGCCACUCUAGCUGUCCUCUUUGCAGAGGGAGCAAGAUGAUCAAGGGUCAUCAAGGUUUAGUAUUGGAAGCAGCUUCCAAAAAGCCAUGAAUAAGGGCAAAAAGGAAGAAUUUCUCAUUCAAGAAGGUGAAAGUAGUAAUGGUGAUUAUCACAAACUCUGGCAUAAGGUCAAUCACAAGAUCAUCUUCUCCAAUAUGAUUUUUAAGAAUCGAUGGAGUGAUGCAAAUUCUUCAGAUUUUAUGUUCCUGAAUUCUGAGAUGAAUGAAACCUCUCCAAACAACAGGUUCCCUUCUUUGGAGUCUAAUAAUAAUGGUUUUUCCAUGAAUAAACAGGUUGUUAUAAAGAUGCAGGAGGGUGUAGACAAGAAAAUACUGCAUGAAUCCAACUUCACUAGGAUUAGCAGAAGUAAUUCAGUUUGUAAUUCCACCCAUGAAGCAAGCACGUCAAGACUAUUGAAUCCUGAUCUGAAGAGAUCCAUGUCUGAGCUCACAAACCUUUCAAGGUUCACAGAAUUGAAUACAAAGGACAGGGUCAAAGAACUUUCCUUUGGAAGAAAUAAUGCAGAAGAAGAGAGGACAAGGAAGCUUUGGUUGACUAGAGCUCAUCGGACAGUUCAAUGGUUUGCCAGUCGCGAAGAAAUUCCCAAGAACCAGAGUGCAAAAAAGUACCCAUUCAACAUCUAAACCAGUUGGUAUGUGUUAAAUUUUCCAUAGAAUUGGCAAAUACCAUAUAGUAUCAAAUUAAAUUAUUCAUUCAUAUCAUCACUAGACCUUUUUUGUAAGAUAAUUAAUAGUUAAGACUUCUUCAUAAUCAUGGAAUCAACAAAAACCCUGUCCAAUGCUGGCUCUGUGAACUGGCCCGACAAAUUUCUAAUAAUCUCAUAACUGGGGAACUCUUAGGGAUAAAUCAAGUUUAGAUGAUGCUUGUGUUCAUAAAUUAUAUACCAUUACUUCACUUCAUUUCAAUAUUGUAAUGGCUCUUGUCUUAUUAGCUAAGCUUUUUUUUCAUUGUCUUUAGUCGCCGGGA